ACGAACAACAGCCAUACCCCCCACUCCCAAAUGCCCCUUCCUCACUCUUCGACGGAAUUCCAACUCUCAGCACCGGGAAACCGCCCCGAAGUGCCCGGAAACCACUUAUGGACUCGAGUUUCUUUCCCAUACACGCCGGGAACAGGUUUUCCGGCCAAAAUUUCAGCAAAGAAGACAUAGACCACAUGCCGGAAACCCCUCUUCGUGGCUCUCAUCGUCGAGCUCACUCUGAUAUCGCCUUUCGUUUACCUGACGAUGUAUUAUUCGAUUCAGAACUCGAUUUUGGAAUUGCCGGAAUUGAUAUUGCUUCUUUUUCUGAAGAGGCAAAUUCCGGCGAUAUUUUGGCCGGAAAAUCAGAGGAUUCCGGCAAUGGAGGAGGGGUAAAGGAAUCCAAGGAUUUUAGUAGUGGUUCGAGCCAUAUGAGGAGUUUAUCAGUUGAUGCUGCGUUUCUAGAGAGCUUAGGGUUACAGGGAGGGGGAGGAGAGAGAAAGGGUGGGCAUAGGAGAGUAAGUUCUUCUGGUUCUGGGCUGGAGUUAGGGGAUAAUGGCGAAGGUAAGAAGGUUAUGGGGCCUGAUAAGCUUGCAGAGCUUUCUUUGAUUGAUCCUAAGAGGGCUAAGAGGAUUCUAGCUAACAGGCAAUCUGCUGCACGAUCAAAGGAGCGGAAAAUACGCUACACGAGUGAACUUGAGAGGAAAGUGCAAACUCUUCAAACUGAGGCCACUACCCUCUCUGCACAGCUCACUCUUCUUCAGCGAGACACUACUGGGCUGACCCAAGAAAACAAGGAGCUUAAACUACGGCUGCAAGCUAUGGAGCAACAGGCACAUCUCCGUGAUGCACUGAAUGAGGCCCUAAGGGAAGAAGUGCAAAGGUUGAAGGUUGCUACUGGUCAAAUCCAAGGAGUGAAUGGGAACCACUUCAAUAGGGGUUUGCAGCAGCCAAACCACUCUUUCUUCCCCCAACAACAAAUGCACUCUCACCAACUCCCUCCUCGCCAUGUGUCUCAGCCAUCUCCCCCCAAUAACCAAUCUCAACAUGGGCAUCUUGAUUUCUUGAGAGGAUCUACGACUAAUAACCAUGGCGCCCAAUAAGAGUGCAUCAUUUCACUCCAAAUGUCCAGUGGAUAUUAGAAUCUCUUGGCUGAAGACUUAAUGGUUGUUCAGUCUUAGAGAUGAUGAGAGAUGGACAAAUUUCCAUAGCUGUGCCAUGUAUAAAAAGAGAGAGAGAGAGAGAGAGAGAGAGAUUAGCAUGCAUGUAGUAUUAUGUAUUUCCAUUAUUCUUAGCUGUUGUUGCUAUAUAUAACAAUUAAUUAUGUGCAAAUAUCAUUGUAUUCCUUAUAGGAUUACCUGCA